AUGGCAUCUGAUAAGACUAUCAUUCUCAUUACUGGAGCCAGCAGCGGCAUCGGCCUUGAGACUGUUCUUGCCCUCGCUCAGGAAUCACAGGAUUUCGAGAUCCUGCUCGGAAGUCGGUCCGUGGAGAAGGGCCAAAAGGCGCUGGAAGACCUCCGUUCGUCGCACGCAGACUCGCUAAAGAGCAGCAUCUCCGUCAUUCAGAUCGACAUCACAGACCAGAAGUCGAUUCUCGCCGCAAAAGAGGAGAUCGAGACGAGGUUCGAGAGGCUGGACGUAUUGAUCAAUAAUGCCGGCAUCAUCGUCACUCGCCCGUGCGACACACUUACCAACUUGCGCGAGACGUUUGAAACGAACGUUUUCGGCCCAGCCAUUGUCACAGAGGCAUUUGAACCUCUUCUGCGGAAAUCAUCAAGUCCCCGGCUCAUCUAUGUCUCAUCUGAUCAAGGCUCCAUCUCCAACCGACUGGAUCCAGCGUAUAAGUAUUACAAGGCCCGUGGAGAUCACUACCGCAUGAGCAAGUCGGCGUUAAACAUGCUAUCUGCGUGUCACAGAGUCAACUACGCUGAGUUCGGUUUCAAGGUUUGCGCCUUCAACCCGGGCUUCUGCGUCACCAACCUGACAGGGGAAAGGGGUCGCAUGAUGCGGAUAGAACAUGGUGCAAGAGACUCUCGGGAUGCGGCAGUGGCGCUGGUUGGAGUUGUGAUUGGGAAGAGGGAUGCUGAUAUUGAGAAAUCUGGAAUUGUAGACCUUGACGGAGGUGUGAUACCGUGGUAA